AUGGCCUCCAAAUUUUCCAGCCUUCAAAUUUGCCUUCUACUAGUAGCUUCAUUUGCCAUUGUCCAAAUGGUUAAGGCAGGAGAUCCAAAUAUUCUCUCCGAUUUCUUGGUUCCAGCAAAUACAACAAUUGAUGGAAAUUUCUUCACAUACACAGGCAUACGUGCCAUUGUUAAUUCAAAACCUAUAGCUUUUACGGUGACGAAAGCAAGCAUGGUUGAAUUCCCAGCUCUUAAUGGGCAGAGUGUUUCCUAUGCUGCUCUUCAAUUUCCAGCUGGAACCACAAAUCCUCCCCACACCCAUCCUCGUUCAGCUGAGCUACUUUUUGUCGUAGAUGGUUCUCUUCAAGUGGGAUUUGUUGACACAACAAACAAGCUCUACACUCAGACACUACAACUUGGCGACAUGUUCAUAUUUCCAAAGGGAUUGGUUCACUUCCAAUACAAUGUCGAUCCACAGAAGCCAGCCCUAGCAAUUUCUGCCUUUGGAAGUGCAAGCGCGGGGACUGUGUCACUUCCUGCCACCCUAUUCCUCACCAAUAUUGAUGACAAUAUCUUGGCCAAGUCUUUCAAAACCGAUACUCAAACUGUUCAAGCUCUCAAGGCCGGUCUUGCCCCAAAGUCUUGAGAAAUCAGUAACUCUUAUUUAGAGCUAUUUUAUGCACCGGUGAUGUUCUUGUCCGCUCAUUUUGGUUUUGUUAUUUUUUUUUUUUUUGCAAUUUAAUAACGAACAUCCUUUGUCUUAAAGUUUGUUCAUAAGGAAAUAUUGAUUUCCAUCUCUAGUUAAAAUGUCAUCUAAUUCAUAAACAUCGGAAUGUACAAGUUCUAAUAAUACAGAAUUUCUUUCACUUUUGUUGUCUUUCAGUUGCGUUACAGAAUGCAGUAGCUAAUAGGACAACUUAUACUGCUAAAAGUAGUGAAAACUUUGUGCAGA